GGAAGAGGCUGGACCUAAGAUGGCGGCGCCCACGGGUGCCAGGAAGAGCUGCUCAUGUCGGGGAACGGAGCGGUGUGGGGUCGCGUGCGAAGCCGCCUCCGCGCCUUCCCCGAUCGCCUGGCGGCCUGUGGGGCCGAGGCCGCGGCCUACGGCAGGUGCGUGCAGGCGUCCAUGGCCCCGGGCGGCCGCUUGAGAAAGGAUCUGUGCGCGCAGGAGUUCGAGGCCUUACGGAGCUGCUUCGUUGCCGCGGCCAAGAAGACCCUGGCAGGAGGCCGUUAGGAAGAACUGCGAGCUCCACUCCACGUCCCCGGGUGUGUGGUGGUACUGAUGGCUCCGAGGGGCAAAUGUCUAAAACCUCAAAAGCUCUUGGGGCUAAAAGGACUGGAAACACGUUAGGCGAGUGCAGACAGAGGGGAAUGGGUUUUCCAGCCUUGCUCACUUAAGGAUUUGGGGGAGAAUAAGAUGCAGUGAACCCACAAUAAAGACCAGAUCAGAUGCUGCAA